AAUUGCAAUAACAUGUGAAUCAAGAAUCCAAGAAAACAGAUCUACUUCUGCACGUCGUAUGUGUUCUUCGUCUCAAAUUCCUUCCAGGCGAGAUUGUAGAAUAGUGUUUAGUUUAGCUAGAACCGCAAAAUUUAAGCGUCUUCCAAAAGUAAUCUUCCUUGAAUCUAUUGAUGUCAAGGAGUUUUUUUCUUGAAUAAACAUGGAUAACAACAGAAACAGUGCUUUUUCAGACAAGUUAAAGGAACAGGUAACCGGAUCAUUUGAUCGUUUGCGAAAAGCAUUGGAUUUACGAGAAAAGCUCUUGCUGCGACAAUUGUCGGUAGUUGUGCAGCAGUCGCAACACGUUACAUUCCAGUUUGACAAUAUCAAAUUCGUCGACAGUGGUGAGGAGGAUCUUGUUUCGAAAAUUCGAACGUAUGGAAAGUAUAACAUUGAUAAUUUCAAUAUUAUACUAAAAGAUCCUUACGAGAAUGAGGAUUACAUACAACCGGUGGAGGACCACGAUUUGAUGCACAAAAGUUGUCGGCGAGGACCACCGGGUGACGAGAACACUGAUAAUCCAGAAAGUGAGGAAAAUAUCGUGGUUGAGAUUUUUAACAACAAAGGCCUAAUUAAAGAGGGCGCGGAUGUGGUUCGUGAGUCCAUCAUAAAUUUAGCGGUGAAUGAAAGUAAGGAACUAAUCGAUAGAAGCUUUCCUGUGGGAUUAAUACUGGAUGAUGAUAUAGAACGUAUGAAAAUCGAUUUAACAAACUUUCGGAAUCGGGAACGUACGGCAAUUCAUUCACAUUCAGUUGAAGGUGAAGGUAGCAGAGAAACUGUUGAUGUUAGUAACAACAAUCGACCGAGUGAUGUGUUUGGAAUUGAUCCAACGAGAUCUGCUCGGCAACAGCUAAUGAUUACUAAAGCAUCUCAGACGGAACUGGAUAAAGCGGGUAGACAUAGUAGCGGUGUCAUAUCAAAUAGUAGUGACUCUGAUCGUAAUCUAGUUUUUAAAACCAGCAAACAACGUUCGGAUAAAACUGUUGAAAAUGUGAACAGUUUAACUGUGACUAACUGUAGCGGUACCAUAAACUUAAAGAAUGUAACAAACCUAACAAUCAAUGCUUGCCCGGAAGUCUCCACAUCCAAGCCAGCGGAGGAAGCACCACGUUGCUCAUCGGUGGAAGGUAGUCCUGAGUGUGGUUUCUACAAAAGGCUGAUAACCGAGAACAAAAUACUUCGUCAGCACAUCCUGAACACGAACUUGGCAUACGCCACUAACACACAUUCCCACGCAUGCACAACUGGCUCGGAUUCUCUCGAGACCGAUCCGUCCACAGUGUCAAAUCAUUCCAGUGACGGUGGCGCACAGUCAGAGUGUAGUAAAACUCAGCGACCGCCACUCACUGCAGCUGACCUACGGAAUAUCCUGAAUCUGCCACAACAGAAUAACACUCUCACACAGGUUCUGGGUGAUCUAUUUGCCCUAGCAUCACCCACCACGGCUGUUGCAGCGGCGGCAGUAGCAGCAGCAGCUGCCCGGAAUGCACCAACAUCCACCCAUGAACACACGAUGCAAAUCCAACAGUGGCUCAAACAGAUCAUAUCCGAAACGGAAACGGAGCCACAACAGAACGUCGAGCUGAUGGAAUUUAGUCAAAUCAACAACUAAAGAAAGCAACGGUCCCAACUGUAAGUAGAACACAGUUUUAAUCACUCAGGAUUUUACUUUCGGAAAGUACAGAAUGUUUCCGUAACAACUGUUCUUAUAAUUUAAUGUUGUUUUUUAUUGACUUCAAACAAUCACUCUAAAAUAAUCUGAACUUACCACAAUAGAUCUAAAUACUGGUCGCAGUGUUAUCUCCCACAAAAAAAAUCUGAACUUAUUUCUUUUGGACCUCCCUCAAAUGUUGAGCACUUAGAGCUCUUAUACGAAGUAAGAUAUGAUGAACCUAGACGCCUUCUUCAAGUGUUGUAGAUGAUCCAUGAACCGCUGAAGUUUGCCAAUUGUUACGAACUCACUUGUCAGAUAUUUCCAAGAUGACCCACUUCAAACAUCUUGGUGUCGUUUUUUACUGUAUAUUCACAACCAAGCCACAUACAUUACUUUUGCAUUUUUGUCGAGGUUGUUUACAAAAUGUUUGAAAUAGAUGCGCAUCAUUUGUUUGAUUUUGUUUAUUUGUUGACCUUAUCAACGUAUUAGUCUAUAAUGUAAAAAUAGAAAAUACGUACAAUUUUGCUCACUUUCUUCUAUUUACUAUUAUAGAUUUAUUUAAACUUUUCUUAGCAAGAUAAAACAGAUGGCGACAAAGGAUAAGUUUCGUCUGUGAUUUGGCGUAAGCCUCCCAUAAAAUUCCAGCGACUGGACCUAGCAAACCAAAGUACAGUUCUAAGAAAAAAAUAUUGAAAAUGGGAAUUCUUUUUAAGUAAUUUUUAAACCUAUGAAAUAGAUCCUGAUUAUGACGUAAUAUAGAACAUUUAAAAAAAACCGGAGUUCUUCAGUAAAUCACAUAAGUUAGAAAUACAAUUCUCCGUUAAUUCCGCUAUAUUAGAAGAAAUGCAAUGUGCUUCAACAACUACAUUUGCCCUUCAAAAUGCACAAGUGGCGCCAUAUUCGUUCUGAACGCUUACAAAUGUUAAUAUGCUCUUUGCAAUACUUUGCUCUCCUAAUUCAAAAAUACUAGGGUUCUAGUUUCAAUAGGCUAUGCCAUUUUUGGCGUUACCCCGAAACUGAUGUCGUUUUUGAUUGAAGCGAAACUGAGUAAGGUUCUACCGUUAACCGCGUCCCUGUCAAAAUGUAUAAACUGAUAGCGCCUGGGGUUGGAACCUGACACAGUUUCGGGGUCAAGCAAAAUCGUCAUCAGUUUCGCUUCAAACAAAAACGACAUUAAUUUGUUUGCAAUGAAGCAACAAAACAACAAAUGCUUUAAUCUUUUCCUACAUUGUGGAUCCAGACUAAAAUUUAAAUUAUGUAACAUGUUUAUAAUGAUCCCUCCUUUAACUCUCCAUUUUCUACACCAUUACAGAUGCAUAUAUUUUACAUAAGUGGUGACUUCGCUUUUUAGUCAAGAUAAGCUUAAUAAUCCUCACUUUUAAAGUUGAAAUUGUGAUUUAGGGCGGGCUUUUCAGACUUUUCAAUAUAGCAACUUAUAUUUAUGACAUCACAAAAUAUUGAAUAAGUAACAUCGUAUAAAUAUAGAAGCACGAACAUUACUGUUUUUAAUCUAUGUACAACUGAAACAUUAGCUCAGUAUAACUAAAUUAUAACCACAGAAAAUCAAUUUUAAUGAUUAAUGCUAUCAAUUUUACAAUCGUAAUCCUAGUGAAACAACAAAGCAGUGAUAUUGAACGCAUUUCAAUCUUACGAACGACGAACGCCACCUUGACAAAUUUAGAAGUGUCAAACUUUAGUCCUAUAUAUAUUAAUUGGUUUCACAUUGCUAUGCUAAUAAAGAUAAUAAUCGUCAUAA